AUGAUAAACAAAAAUCACCCCUUUCACCUAGUAGACGUAAGGCCAUGACCUAUUAUAGGAUCAAUCAGAGCAUUAAUUACUAUAUCCGGAAUCGUAAAGUGAUUUCAUUCAUUUAAUAGAACCCUGUUAUUUAUUGGAUUAACAUCUAUAUCAUUAAUCAUAUUUCAAUGAUGACGAGACAUUUCUCGUGAAAGAACCUUUCAAGGACAUCAUACAUUUAUUGUAACAAUAGGACUUCGAUGAGGGAUAAUUCUAUUUAUUACAUCAGAAGUAUUCUUUUUUAUUUCCUUCUUCUGAGGAUUCUUUCAUAAUAGAUUAGCUCCGGCAGUAGAUAUCGGAAUAACAUGACCACCCAAGGGAAUUGAAACAUUCAAUCCAAUUCAAAUUCCUCUUCUUAAUACUUUAAUCCUUUUAACCUCAGGACUUACGGUAACAUGAGCACACCACAGAUUAAUAGAAAAUAAUUUUAAGCAGGCCACUCAUGGAUUACUACUUACAGUAAUCUUAGGAUUUUAUUUUACACUUCUUCAAGGAUACGAAUACUUUGAAUCAUCUUUCUCAAUUGCUGACGCAGCUUAUGGAUCUUCAUUUUUCAUAGCAACUGGGUUCCACGGACUUCAUGUAAUUAUCGGAACCACAUUCUUGCUAGUAUGCUUAAUUCGGCACCUAAAUAAUCACUUUUCUCAAAUUCACCAUUUUGGGUUCGAAGCUGCAGCCUGAUAUUGACAUUUUGUUGAUGUAGUAUGAUUAUUUCUUUAUAUUUCAGUCUACUGAUGAGGUAGAUAA